UUUGACUGAUAAAAAAAAACAUUCAUUCUUGACGAAUUACGUAUUGGAAAAAAUUAACUUUAUAGUAACAGUGAACUUGUCAUUCUCAUUUCACUUUGAGAUUUUAAUACCGAACGACCUUUGGGUCUGUUUGUACACAGCGGUGCGUAGUGCACUGUGGGACAGCAAUGGUGGGCGCGUGAUUUUGAACAAAUUCGAGGUAUUGAGGGAACACCCAGGGACGUAAACAUGUCUGUAAAUAAAGGGCAAAAUGCUAGAGCUUUGGUUGAACCAUUAGCUCUUGAUUCACGUACACUUGGUGAUGGAGACUUAAGUGCACUGAGUCUAUCGCAUAAUAAUGAACAAUAUUCAUCCAAUGACUUUGAAGCAUUUGCAAAUAUUCAGGCAGAAUUGGAAUGUAUGAAUGCUGAAGAAGUUAUGACAACUGAGGAAGAGCAUAUAAUAAUUGAACGUAAUAUUGAGACUGAAACAAUUGUACCUGAUGUGGAAAUGACUGAAGUUUCUGAACAAGCUCAAGAGGAACAUAUUAUCUAUACAACAGCAAAUCAGAAUAAUCAAAAUAUUGUGUUUCAAACAAAACCAACAUUACAAAGGCUUCCUGCAUCCACUGUACAGGUAAAACCAAAUGUUGGUCAAGUAACACAAAGUCAGUCUAUUAUGAUAGUAUCUCCUGCUGGUGGUCAAGGCACUAGCCAAAUUUUAAAAAUUUCACAUCCAUCAACGGCAUCAGCUGGUCAAUUACAGUCAUUAGCACAGACUCUCAUAACAGCAAAAUCUGCUGAUGGUAACAUAGUUCAAUUAAGAUCAGCACAACCUAGUAAGCCAGUAAUGGCAACAAGCCAUUCAGGGAAUAUCACAUUAGGAAAUGUCCAGAAUGCAAAAACAGCUCAAUCAGCUAUAAAACGAACUGCACAGAGUACUCCUCAAAAUCGAAAUGUAUAUACAAAAAUGAUAUUAGCUGGAAAUCAAGCACAAUCAGGACAAGUUCUUAUAACUAGUUCUCAAAAUGAAAAUCAACAAACACAAGCAAUAAAAUUUUUAAAUAAUAGUGCAUCAAGUCAGGAUGUUACAAGCCCAACAAAAACUAUAACAUUGGCACAAGCACAACAAAUGGGAUUACUUUCUACUAACAAAGUUCAACAUAUUUUACCCUCAUCACCGCAAAAACAAGUGAGUAUUAAAAAAAAAGUAAGUAUUUUUCUCAUUUUUUAUAUUAAGGAAGAAUAAAAAAAAUUCUUCCAAUUAAUGAAUAAUUAAAAUAUAAUAAUUUAUUUAAAAUAAUUAUGUUUAUUAUUUUCAGCUCCAACAGUAAAUACACAAGUUAAAACUACAACAAUUUCAAAUCAGCAAUCAACAUUUUCCUCUUCCAAUAAAUCAUCUGUACAACCAAGCCCACAAAAAGUCAUUAUAAGACAGAGUUCAUUAAAACCUGGCACUGUUCUUGGAAGUGGACAAGUUAUCAGAAUACCAGCUAAUCAAAAUAUUGUUACAGGAUCCAAUCAAGUACAUCAGAUACAAAUGCCUGGAAGACAAGUGCAAUAUGUGAGAUUAGUUAGUACUCCAUCAUCAGGUACUACAAAUGUUGUCACUGUGGGAAAAACAAAGUCACAAACAACUUUACAAACUGUUGGAGUAGGUCAGAAAAUAGGAGGUCAACAACAGAUUGUCAAGGUAGUUCCACUAAAUACUAGUAAUCAAUCAUUAAGAACAGUUGCACCUAAAGCUACAUUAACAGGAAGUGGUCAAAGGUUACUAAUUCCUGCAACUGCAACAGUAGGAAAUCAAUCGAAAAACGCAGUUGCUAUUCCAGCAUCUGCAUUGAGUCAAUUAGCAUCUGGACAGGCUGUUCUUUCAACUAAUUCAAACGUGGGAAACAUUGUAGUUUUACCAGCUCAAUAUAUUCAGCAACAGCCGGCGGAUGAUGCAAAAUUAAAACCUCAACAGGCAACACCCAGUUUAUUAGGUAAUUCACAAAAUUUACAGAGUUCAACAGGAAAUUUAUGUGUGGGAUCUGUUAUAGAAACUAAAAGUUCUCAAAGAUCAUAUACCAGUGUGGAGCCAAAUGGUAUCAGGCCAAGGAAACCGUGUAACUGCACUAAAUCACAAUGUCUUAAGUUAUAUUGUGAUUGUUUUGCGAAUGGAGAAUUUUGCCACAUGUGUAAUUGCAAUAAUUGUUCUAAUAAUCUUGGAAAUGAAGAAGAGAGACAACGUGCUAUCAAGUCUUGUUUAGAGCGUAAUCCAAAUGCUUUUCGUCCAAAAAUUGGCAAAGGUCGUGAAACUGGCGAUGAUGUACGUAGACAUAACAAAGGUUGCAAUUGUAAACGAAGUGGAUGUUUAAAGAAUUACUGUGAAUGUUAUGAGGCCAAGAUUCCUUGUUCUGCUAAUUGUAAAUGCAUAGGAUGUCGUAAUGUAGAAGAACCAAAUUUGGAGAAAAAAUCUUUAAAAGACCUAGCAGAAGCAGCUGAAGUAAGAACAGCACAACUUACAUUAAAUAAAGCGAAACUGCAGGUAUCGGAAAUGGCUUUUAGGCCUCCUGCAGCAUCAAAUACUGGUGCAAGGCAACCAUUUAACUUCUUGACUGAUAAGGUAGUAGAAAUAACAUGUCAAUGUUUAAUGGCACAAGCUGACGAAGCAGAACGUAACAUGUUUGAUGACGAAACAUCACAAAGACUUAUAAUUGAAGAGUUCGGUCGUUGUCUCAAGGAAAUCAUAGAAUCAGCACAUAAAGCCGAAGCUACCUAG